CAGAUCGGUCUGAGGGGGAUCACUGGGCAUUCCACGCUGAAAUGAAAAGACUAUGCUUAUUAAUUGGGAGGGCCACUGGGGAAAAUGGCUUUGUCGGAGGACUCCAGAUCGGCAUGAAAAUCGCUCUGGCCACUACUAUCUGCCUCACCGUUAACCCUACCGAAUAAAUUAGUAACUGAUAUAUAAGGAUCUAACCACAAGAUCAUGGUGUUAACCUCAGAAAACGAAACACACGGAGGGUAUUUUUACAGAUAUCACCUCGUGGCAGCUGCAUUACUAGGGUAUUGACAUUGUCAGUUUUCUCUAAACCACAGUAAUUAGUCAGUUUCAACUCGGUUAGACUGAUGUUUUAGGGAGACAAAUAGUCGAGAUCCGUUUUUGGAGUUCGUUUCGAUUCAGAGGCGGCAUUUUUCUGCACCUUCAUUUAUUUGUAGGUUUACGACAGCCUCUGAACGCAGCUGAUGCAGCCUCAGCUCCAUCUACUCCUCUCAUGAAUUUUUAAGAGCUGCGUGGCUAGUGGGGAAGUGGCAGUAAUGCCACAGGUUGACCUGGAGAGCUUGGUGUGCGGCGUGGCGGGCGCCGGAGCGGGCGACAGGAAGGUGUCGUGCGAGACGGUCAUCGCGGCGGGGGAGAGCGGGGACGCGUCGCCGCCGCGGAUGCCGCCGCCGCCGCCGCCGCCGGACCCCGACUUCCCGCCGGAGUCGAUAACCAUCCCCAUCGGCGACGAGGUGGCCUUCUCGGAGCUGAACCCGAUAUACGACCGGGACGACUCCACCAAGGGAAGCACCAACCCCAAGUCGGCGGCCGGCGCCUCCUCCAACCCCAUCCCGGCCAAGUCGCGCUCCAACUCCACGCGCAUCGCGGGCGCCCCCGCCGCCGCCACCACGUUCUUCGGCCUCCCCGCGAGCAUCCGCCCGGCGUUCACCCGGCGCCGCCCGUCGCAGGGCCGGAUCUUGCCCGACAAGCGCUCGGGCAGCCGCGGCGGCGGCGGCGGCGGCAGCAGCCGCAGGGGCGACGGCGAGGAGGAGCCGCGGUCGCCCAAGGUGUCCUGCAUUGGCAAGGUGCUUUCCGACCGGGAGAGGUACGGCCGCAGCCGGGGCCGGAGAUGGUGGCGCGGGUUGGUGGCCGUGCUCCUCUGCGGCGGCGGCUGCUCUUGCCAAGGAGGAGGACGACGACACGCCAGGAAGAAGGUGGCGUUGGAUGAAGACCACCACGACGGGGACGACGACAAGCAGGCCGGCAUCGCGGCAAUGCGGAGGUUCAAGUCCGGGAGACGAACCGCCUCAUGGGUAGAGGAGGCAAUAGCGGCGGCGGAGGCCGCCGGCGAGGAGGAGCAGCAGCAGGAGAACGACGCCGCCGCCGACGACGACGAGAAGAAGCAGGAGGUCGAGCGCUACGAGCCUACGACACUGAACAGUGGGCCCCACGACAGGUAAGUAGGUUGCAGCAGAGGCGGGAGAAGCAGUGGUAGAUGCUGGUUGGAUUUGGAUACGAUGGUGGGGCCCCGCUGUAAGUGACCCUGCGUAGGUUCGGGCGCGAUCGCCGAUAGGUGAGGUGAAGCCAAAGCCGUGUCGAGUUGUAUCCAUCAGAUUCAGCGACGAGCCGACGAGGGAUGGGCGCGGGAUCAUGCAUGCCGCGAUGGUGAUUGGUGAAUCGCCUCGAAAUGGGAGUCUUGAAAUUUACCGGUGGUGUUUUUUGCUGUUUUGGAGUUUUGCACUUGGGGAUCGGGAGUGUUUGCGUGCUGUGGCCAAUGAUCGCCGUUGUACUGUACAUAACCCAGGAAAUGAAUAACUGGAAGCGCACAAUGCGCUGUUCCAUU